CCCGCCCCGCUCCCGGCCUGGCCCGGCCCGGCCAUGCGGCCGCUCCUCAUCCUCCUCCUUCUCCUGCUGCCCCUCGGCCGCGCCGCCGCCCCCGGCCCGGCCAACAGCACGGAGGCGCCGCGGGCGGCCGCGGGGAACGGGACGCGGCCGUCGCCGGGGACGCGGCGCCCGCCCGGGCCGGGGCUGCUGGCGGGGCCGGGGCUGCCGGUGCUGAGGCGGGCGGUGUAUGUCCUGAGCGCGCUGUCGGCGCUGGCCGCGCUCUAUUUCGUGCUGCGGGCGUUCCGGUUGAAGAAGCCCCAGAAGAAGUACGGGCUGCUCUCGAGCCACGACGAGAACAUCGAGCUGGGCUCCCUCGACAGCGACGAGGACACCGUGUUCGAGACGCGGAACCUGCGGCGGUGAGGGAGGGUUUGAUGACUCGGGACCAGCAGCACCACCUGCCCGGACUGACAGAGGGUCCAAGCCCAGUGGAAUCUCCAGUGCUCAAGUUUCGUGUCUGCUUACAGUGACUAUUAAUUAACAGUUCAAACCCUUCCAUAGCUGGGGCAGGGGAAAGGGGACCAAAUCUGUUUUCUUCACAUGCAUUUUUGGGGACAUUUCUGGGGAAAGGCGGAGCUGAGGUGCGUUGGGAGCUGCUCACUGCACGGGGAGGUGCUGAGGUGAUGCUCCUGGACGAUGCUCAGCACGUGAAAUGCGAGCUCUGGGCCGUGCCCAGGGUGUUGGUGUUACAGGGUGCUCAUAUCUCUCUGUCUCAGCCCUAGGGGUCAGCUGGAAGCAUCAGAUGAGGGGAUUCCUUUUCCAGGCUGAUCCUCUUUCCUUCAUGCAAUAUCAGGUUACUUCUUUGGGAAGUGUCUCUGUGAUGAGCUCCAGCCCAGGAGGAGCUGGGAGAGCUCUGGGUGUCUAUUACAGAACAGGGUGGGGGUGUGAUAGCUCAGACAGAACAGCUUUGGGAAUGAGUUAAAUGGGUUCAAUUUUGCAGGAUUAGCAGUUACACACUUGGGUCAUUCUUGGGUUUACAGACAUGUUUAUAAAUGAGAGGGGCCACAACCCAAAGGGGUGUUUCUCCAGAAGAGCCACAUCCGUGUGGUCUGUGGGGCUGGGAGUGCCUGGACUGUUCUGCCCAGCCCCAGUCGUGUGCUCACCAGGGACACGUGUGUGACACCAGGGACACGUGUGUGACACCAGGGACACGUGUGUGACAUCUGCCAGGGUCUGGACUUUGAGACACCUGGGGAAGAGCCAGGUGUGAGUUGGACCACCUGAACUGCAGGUGUGAGGAGUGUCCUGGAGCAGCUGAGGACUGGAAAAAGGGGACCCCCGACCCCUGUGACUGUGAUUCAGGACAGCCCUGAACUGUGAGUUAUCUCCUCUCAAGGGUGCUGGAGUUUCACUCCGUUGCUGGUACUCAACUGGGAUCUUUCCUGCAGCCCAUUGUGUGGAUAUUUGGGAUCUGAUUGUGUAGGACCAAAGGUGAAUGUGUCAGGAGGUCGUUGUUGGGUGGAUCUGCUGCUAAAACAGUGAAAACUGCUUGCCAA